UCUAGGGGGAGGGGAUAUAAGGAAAGAAUUAGAACAGAUGACAGAGGAUGCUGUGGUGUUGUUACAGGAUAGAAUGUUACAGAAUCAGAAUGACUAUAUACAGGUAAUAUGUGAGUCUAGGGGAGAGGGGAUAUCAGGAAAGAAUUAGAACUGAUGACAGAGGAUGCUGUGGUGUUGUUACAGGAUAGAAUGUAACAGAAUCAGAAUGACUAUAUACAGGUAAUGUGUGAGUCUAGGGGAGAGGGGAUAUAAGGAAAGAAUUAGAACAGAUGACAGAUGAUGCUGUGUUGUUGUUACAGGAUAGAAUGUUACAGAAUCAGAAUGACUAUAUACAGGUAAUAUGUGAGUCUAGGGGAGAGGGGAUAUCAGGAAAGAAUUAGAACUGAUGACAGAGGAUGCUGUGGUGUUGUUACAGGAUAGAAUGUAACAGAAUCAGAAUGACUAUAUACAGGUAAUGUGUGAGUCUAGGGGAGAGGGGAUAUAAGGAAAGAAUUAGAACAGAUGACAGAUGAUGCUGUGUUGUUGUUACAGGAUAGAAUGUUACAGAAUCAAAAUGACUAUAUACAGGUAAUAUGUGAGUCUAGGGGAGAGGGGAUAUAAGGAAAGAAUUAGAACAGAUGACAGAUGAUGCUGUGUUGUUGUUACAGGAUAGAAUGUUACAGAAUCAGAAUGACUAUAUACAGGUAAUGUGUGAGUCUAGGGGAGAGGGGAUAUAAGGAAAGAAUUAGAACUAAUGACAGAUGAUGCUGUGGUGUUGUUACAGGAUAGAAUGUAACAGAAUCAGAAUGACUAUAUACAGGUAAUGUGUGAGUCUAGGGGGGAGGGGAUAUAAGGAAAGAAUUAGAACUGAUGACAGAUGAUGCUGUGUUGUUGUUACAGGAUAGAAUGUUACAGAAUCAGAAUGACUAUAUAUAUAUACAGGUAAUGUGUGAGUCUAGGGGGGAGGGGAUAUAAGGAAAGAAUUAGAACAGAUGACAGAUGAUGCUGUGUUGUUGUUACAGGAUAGAAUGUUACAGAAUCAGAAUGACUAUAUACAGGUAAUAUGUGAGUCUAGGGGAGAGGGGAUAUCAGGAAAGAAUUAGAACUGAUGACAGAGGAUGCUGUGGUGUUGUUACAGGAUAGAAUGUAACAGAAUCAGAAUGACUAUAUACAGGUAAUGUGUGAGUCUAGGGGAGAGGGGAUAUAAGGAAAGAAUUAGAACAGAUGACAGAUGAUGCUGUGUUGUUGUUACAGGAUAGAAUGUUACAGAAUCAGAAUGACUAUAUACAGGUAAUGUGUGAGUCUAGGGGAGAGGGGAUAUAAGGAAAGAAUUAGAACUAAUGACAGAUGAUGCUGUGGUGUUGUUACAGGAUAGAAUGUAACAGAAUCAGAAUGACUAUAUACAGGUAAUGUGUGAGUCUAGGGGGGAGGGGAUAUAAGGAAAGAAUAAGAACAGAUGACAGAUGAUGCUGUGGUGUUGUUACAGGAUAGAAUGUUACAGAAUCAGAAUGACUAUAUACAGGAAUGUCAAACUAAAGCUACAAAUAAUCCAAACUGGUCAUUCUCAUCAAAGUAUCUAGAGGCUGCACCUAGAACGGGCAAGGUUAGGAACUUACAAGAUAUACCUGUAUUCCCAGUGGAAUGGAAGCACCAUAGUAUUGACCAUUUCCUCAAAGAUGCUGCUCAGAAUACAUUGGCGUGUUCAGGACUAGUAUCAAGCCUAGAUGACUUGAUAUGUACAGACAGGACACCUGUUGUCAUCUCUAAUUUUAUGACACAUAAGAAAUGUCAUGAAGUUAACAUAAUGAGUGACGUGUGUUCCUCUAUAUCAAAGAAUGCUGGAGUAGAUGCGGUAGUUGACAUGGGUAGUGGUAAAGGAUACCUGAGUACACAACUUGUGUAUCAACAUAACUUGUGUGUAGUAGCUGUUGAUGCACAAACUAUAAAUACUCAUGGGGCUCAGAAGAGGGCAUCUUUGUUGGGGAAGCAAUGGGAUGCUUUGGUUAGACAGGCAGAAGAAGAGGUAGUGGAAGGAAAGAGAAAGAAAAAAGGAAAGAAGUAUAAGAAACAAAUGAAAAAAUUGGCAAUGAUUGGUAACGGAGAUGGAGAAAUAAUUGAGAAUACUGAUGUACCUACUGACAACCAUGUUUCUGAUGAGGUGCUAUGUGAUAUACAGGAUUUAAUGAAUGUUUCUGAUGAUAAAUCUUCAAAUGAUGUUAGUUCUGAAAAUAUGGGUGGAAUAAGUAAGACCGAUAAAGAUAAACUUGGUCCUCUAUUGAAUGAUGAAAACAAAUAUAAUAAAUCUGAAGAUACAGGGCACAAGGAGAUCAAAGAGAACAAUGCAUUUAAUGUUAUUGAACACAGUGAAUUGACUGAGAUGGAAAUUUGUGACUUGCCUGAUCAAUUAUCGGAUUCAUCACGAAACAAUUUACAUCAUCCUACAGAAGAUCCUAUGUCAUGUGAUAAACAGUCUAAAUCCAGUGGUAACCAUAGCAAUAUACAUAAACAUGGAAAAGAACAUUUGUCAAACAAUAAAAUGGAGGAUUUACAUCUCUAUGAGAGUAAGAACAGUAAGAAGGAGAAGUUAUCCAGGUUAUAUCAUCCUGUUACUGAGAGUCAGAACAGUAAGAAGGAGAAGUUAUCCAGGUUAUAUCAUCCUGUUACUGUAUAUGUUAAUGAUAGUAUGGAUAUAACAGAACUAGUAAAACAAACUGGUGCUGGUUCAGGGGAGACUACUCUUAUGUUGACUGGUUUACAUACUUGUGGUUCAUUAGGUUCCAGUUUACAACAUAUGUUCAUCAAUAGUUCCCGUACUAAAGUUUUGUGUUAUGUUAGCUGUUGUUAUCAUCUGAUGAAUGAAGAAUUUAUAAAGGCUCCAUUUAUAGAUGGACAUGAAGAAGAAAAGCCUGGUUUUCCCAUGAGUUUAUUCCUGAGAGAACAUGAAGUAGGACUUGGUAGAGCUGCUAGGAACUUUGCUUCUCAGACAAUUAACAGACCAACAUCUGAGCUGAAAGCUAAGUCCUAUCCCAGAAGUCUGUUACAGAAGAUAUUGUAUGACAUCACUGGUCAUGUUGAUGAUGGCUGGAAGGGACUACGUAAGCUGGACCAGAAAUGUAAAGAUAUGUACCAGUAUGUCCAUAGAGCGUUUGAGAAACUGAAUCUUUCAACAGAUAAGAUAACACCAGAAUUUGUAUCUGAGUAUGUGGAGAGAUAUAAAGCAGAAGAAAAGAAGUUGGCUAUAUUCCUCCAGAUAAAAUCUUUGUUAGCUCCUUGUAUAGAGGCUGUUGUUUUGUUAGACAGAUAUUUACAUCUUCUUGAACAGGACUGUACAACUGAUGUGAAGCUUGUUCAGAUGUUUGACCCUGUGAUCUCACCAAGAUGUCAUGCUAUAGUAGCCUAUAAGGAAUGAAUUAUGUGAAGCUAGUUCAGAUGUUUGACCCUGUCAUCUCACCAAGAUGUCAUGCUAUAGUAGCCUAUAAGGAAUGAAUUAUGUGAAGCUAGUUCAGAUGUUUGACCCUGUCAUCUCAUCAAGAUGUCAUGCUAUAGUAGCCUAUAAGGAAUGAAUAAUGUCCAACUAGUUCAGAUGUUUGACCCUGUCAUCUCACCAAGAUGUCAUGCUAUAGUAGCCUAUAAGGAAUGAAUUAUGUGAAGCUAGUUCAGAUGUUUGACCCUGUCAUCUCACCAAGAUGUCAUGCUAUAGUAGCCUAUAAGGAAUGAAUAAUGUCCAACUAGUUCAGAUGUUUGACCCUGUCAUCUCACCAAGAUGUCAUGCUAUAGUAGCCUAUAAGGAAUGAAUAAUGUCCAACUAGUUCAGAUGUUUGACCCUGUCAUCUCACCAAGAUGUCAUGCUAUAGUAGCCUAUAAGGGAUGAAUAAUGUGCAACUAGUUCAGAUGUUUGACACUGUCAUCUCACCAAGAUGUCAUGCUAUAGUAGCCUAUAAGGAAUGAAUAAUGUCCAACUAGUUCAGAUGUUUGACCCUGUCAUCUC